AUGAUGGCGGCCAGCGCGGCCCUAGCCUUGGCCCUGGGGCUCUUACUGCCAUCAGUGGGGGUGAGAGGGGCCGGGCCCCCACCGAUACAGGACGGCGAGUUCACAUUCCUGCUGCCGGCGGGGAGAAAGCAAUGUUUCUACCAGUCCGCGCCGGCCAACGCGAGCCUCGAGACCGAGUACCAGGUGAUCGCAGGUGCUGGGCUGGAUGUGGAUUUCACGUUGGAGAGCCCUCAGGGUGUGCUGCUGGUCAGUGAGUCCCGCAAGGCAGAUGGGGUGCACACGGUAGAGCCCACGGAAGCUGGGGACUACAAGCUGUGCUUUGACAACUCCUUCAGCACAAUCUCUGAGAAGCUGGUGUUCUUCGAACUCAUCUUUGACAGCCUGCAGGAUGAUGAGGAGGUCGAAGGCUGGGCAGAGGUCGUGGAGCCUGAGGAGAUGCUGGAUGUCAAAAUGGAGGACAUCAAGGAGUCUAUCGAGACCAUGAGGACACGUCUGGAACGCAGCAUCCAGAUGCUGACACUGCUGCGAGCCUUUGAAGCACGUGACCGCAACCUGCAGGAGGGCAACCUGGAACGGGUCAACUUCUGGUCGGCUGUGAACGUGGCCGUGCUGCUGCUGGUGGCUGUGCUGCAGGUCUGCACACUCAAGCGCUUCUUCCAGGACAAGCGCCCUGUGCCUACGUAG